AUGACAGGACGCAAAGGAAUGUUCCACACGCCUCCGCACACUACAGUUAAAACGCGGGGUGCUCUCGAAAGAGAAAAGUUGAAACAUGCCACGGAUACUCAGAGUGAAGUGCAUUCGCAUAAAUCGUGCCCACGGAACUCCAAAGAAGACGAAAUUAUGGAUCACGCAAGCCAGUUCAACGCGAAGGCGCUCAGUUUGCAGGUUAAGCCCACCGCAAAAGAGGGUAGCAUCAAAACUGAAACCGAACAUGGAUAUCACCGAUCCAACUCUUCGAAUAAAACUUCGACGUCUUCACUACAAGCAAAAAGAAAACAAUUAGAGUUAGAGGCCGCCGAAGCUAAAGCUAGGAUCGAGAAGGAGUUAAUAGAUAAAAAGCUAGACGCUGCACUCGCUAAGCUGGACGAGGAAUAUUCUCAGAAGUCCCGUUGCAGUGGAGAACAACGAUCUAUUUUGUCCGAAACAUCUCAAAAAGUGGAACAGUGGCUCGAGAAAAGUCGCCAAGACGAUCAAGACGAACGCGUUCUCGCGACCCCUUGGCAGGAAUCGAACCCCGGACCGAGCUCACUUCAAAACCUAGCACAAGCAAUGGAAAAACUAGCUACUACAACUCAAAGUGCUAAUACUCGCCUUUUAUCUCGAUUAGCCACGUCUAAGGACUUACCGUUAUUUUCUGGCCACGGGAAAGAAACCUGCCCGGCCGCAUCGUGCGAUAUCGACAGCUGCGGGCUGCCCCACCACCGCCUCCUUCACUGGCCGUAUAAACCUAACGCAGACAGCGCAGCGCCCCGCAAUAGCAGCAACAACGAAGACCUAAACAAUACGCCAACAUUAACUGCACUCGGCCGACCUUUGACCGCCGAUCACGCCUUGACAACCGUGCUGUAUGAGCGCCCUAAGCCGGCCGCCGAAAUCUGCAACGCAUGCACUCCGUCCUCCAUCGCCACCCCCGCGGACGUACUUACCGCGCGGCGGGAGACCCACACAUGCACAGACGCAGACACACACUCAUCGCCACAAUGGUCAAGCGAUGUACUUAGCGACAGCGCAGAUAAACAACUUCAUGAACUGGUUCGCCGAUCGUUUGCGCUCGAAUCAAUAGGAGUGAACUCUAAGCCACGCGUAAAUAAGGACGACAUUCGUGCCGUCAACAUCAUUGAUAACUCUGCAAAAGUAAUCAACGGGAGUUAUGAAGUUUGUUUACCAUGGAAAAAUGAUGCUAAACUGCCUGACUCUUACCCAAAUGCCUAUAAGAGACUUCUCGCUGUGGAAAGAAGAAUGCUGUCAGAUGAAGGAUACGCCUCUAGGUAUACGGAGCCUAUUAAUCAUUUACUUGAAAACAAUUACGCCCGAUUGUUAUCCGACGACGAAUUGUUAGCGCCAUAUGAGCGCGUAUUUUAUUUAGCCCAUUUCGGAGUGGAUAACAAAAACAAGAAAAAAUUGAGACUUGUGCAUGACGCUUCAGCCACCACUGCCGGUCGCUCCCUGAACGACUACCUACUCCAGGGCCCUGACCUACUUCAGUCUUUACUGGGCAUCAUGCUACGCUUUCGAGAAAAACCAAUUGCAAUUAUGGGCGAUAUAAAAGAAUUCUUCCUUCGCAUCAAGAUAACGAGAGAAGAUCAGCACGCAUUACGAUUUUUAUGGCGCGAAAACGUAAACAGCGAACUAAAAACCUACGUUAUGACGUCAUUGUUAUUUGGAACCAAUUGUUCGCCAUUCAUCGCACAACAUAUUAAAAAUAAAAAUGCAAUGCGAUUCCAAAACGAAAUGCCUCAAGCCGUCGAGGCCAUCCUGAAAUCACAUUAUAUGGAUGACUACAUCGAGAGUGUGGACAAUGAGCAGUUGGCUAUCAAGAUGAUAAAAGAAGUUUCCGAAAUUCACAAACAAGGUGGUUUCGAAAUAAGAAAUUGGAUAUCUAACAAACCAGAAGUCUUAGAAUGCACGCCAAAAGAAACCUUAAGUGAUAAGGCAAUAAGGUUCAAAACCGGAUGCGACGACUUACCUGAAAGAACGCUCGGGUUACUAUGGUACCCGACCAGCGACACAUUCGGCUUCGAUUUAUCACUUAAACGCAUUCCGACGGAGAUAAUUAACCUGCAAAGAAAACCCACGAAGCGGGAACUCCUGCGCAUCUAUAUGUCAAUAUUUGACAUUUUUGGCUUUCUUGCACCAUUUACUGUCAAAGCAAAAAUAAUGCUACGAAAUAUCUGGAGAACGGAUACUAAAUGGGACGAUGAGAUUCCUACGAAUGAAUAUACAGUAUUUCGCAACUGGAUAACGGAAUUACAAACAUUGAAAGAUUUGCGCAUUCCGAGAUUUUAUUUUCACGGCGAACAAGCUACGAGCGAGCGCGAUAAUACUAAUAACGCUCACUGCAACACCUUGCGCCAGAAUGAGACGACUAUAGAACUCGAACUUCACAUUUUUUGCGAUGCAGCUCCUACCGCAUACGCUGCCGUCGCUUAUUGGCGUAAAAUAUGUAACAUCAAUGAAGUACAAGUUUCAUUCAUCGCGAGUAAGUGUCGUUCGACCCCCGUGAAGAAAUACAUAACUAUACCUAAACUUGAGAUGGAAUCAGCCGUUAUCGCCUGCAGACUCGCCGACACAAUAGCGCGCGAACACAGGUUGACCGCCUGCACUCGGUAUUUUGCAUCAAAUAAAAAACGAUACGCGCGACUAUAA